AGAAGAAACGCCUUCCAUUCUGAGAAAGGUCCUUGAUGCUCUUAUUGGAUCAGGCUCCUGGUUGCAACGGAAGGCCGAGUUGAAGAGGAAAGUAAGCAGCAAUUGAGGCUUAUUUGGAAGUCCAUGAAGGAAGUCGCAUCUGCUUGGAACCGACAAAGUGUCGGUGGUACGGAGGAGAGGGAAGAUCACAUGGAGAGGUUCGUGCGAGAGAAGCAAGAGCUCGUUGCCGACUUCGUGAGUCUCUGUAUGGGCUUCGUGUUUGUAAAGUGGACGAAGGAGGUCAACUCCGAUCUCGCCCUUCUACUGGCCGUACCGUUAGACGGCUUUCCGAAGACCCAUCCAUUCUGCACGGUGAGGGAGAAUAUGCGACGCCUCUUUACGAUGUACACAAGCCAGAACCCGAAAAUUGGAAAGCCACGCGCAGAAGACAAGAAGGGGUGGGGGCGAUUUACUACAAGCCUCUCUAGGACAAAAGAGUCUAUCGAGGUGUUCACGAGCAGCGACCCCGGUUUUGGGCCCCAAAGCCAUAUAUACGCCGAUUACUUCCCGUCAAUAGAAAGCUAUCUGCAUAAGGUUACAGCGUACUUUGAGAUAGUACAGCACCUUCAGAUGACUGCCUGUUCGCCUGAAUGUCAGGACUUCCUCAAGCGUCCAUUCAGUCUCUAUGCGCUUCCGGAAAUGAAUAUUACGGCUCGUAAUGCCCCGUAUACGGCUCAGGAUUGGGAACGUGUCCUCGAGAAGGCCGCCAACACAACGCCAGAAAGGUACGAGCUGGACCUUGAUGUUGUUUCUAAAGAUACGGAGUUUAUGGCCAGAGAGCCUGUCCCUCGGGAUGUCCCUGUGCACUGCGAGUUAAAACUCGUCCUCGAGGCGAUGCAACGACCGCAGACUGUCUACACGUACAUCGGCAUGUCGAAAUUGUCGUGCUCCGGGUGUCACCUAUUUCUUAGGGUUUUGAACGACGUCUACGGGACGAAGUUCUGGACAAGGGGCUGCCAAAAGAAGGCCCAGUAUCCAUGGCAAUUUCCGCCAGGUUUGUGGUUUGGUGGUAGGGUCACUGACCAGACGUACCGCCUGGUUGCGCAGGCCUGGACACGGCGUUACCACGGGUAUCGUCCGAGGCGUGCUCACUUUCGAUCAUAUAGUGCUCCUUCGGUUCCGUCAGUCGUGACAAAGGACACGCCGGUCCCCUCCUCAAAAUCGACAACCAACAAGGGAAAUGAGGGUGAGGGUCACCGGUGCAGUCGAAGUCUCGCUCGCAGUGCUUCGAGUAGGCUGCGGCGAGUCUCGUCUCUCCUGGGCGCACAAAGGCAUUUACCAACUGGCGCUGAGAAAUUGCCCUCGUCAUAAUGCGUCGUGUUCAGGAAGCUGGCUGGAAACUACGGCACUAAAUGGGAAUGUUGUCAACAUCAACAUCGCGGUUAAAGUCUCGAGGCUCUAAGUACAAGCAGAUUCAUUGAGGCUCAUCUAUAGGUAUAUAGGAGCACUUUCUCAAGCAAUAGUACUUCUGAAUUACUUUAUUUACA